AUGGCCGUGGCCUGGCUAAUUUGGCCGCUCAUGCUAUCUCUAACAGCACAUUUUGCUAACUCGUUAACAGAAGCAGAAUCAUUGUUAAAAUUCAAGGAAUCAUUAACAAACACCAAGCCUCUUGAUUCUUGGACACUAGAUUCAGAUCCAUGUGGAGGAACACAACGAUGGUUCGGAUUGCUAUGCAAGGAACACUCAGUCUUUGGUCUCAAGAUCGAACAGAUGGGUCUCACAGGAAACAUCGACGUUUCCCCUUUAAUCGACCUACCCGGUUUACGCACCAUAAGCAUAAUAAACAACUCCUUCACGGGUAAAAUACCAGAGUUUAACCGAUUAACCUCUCUGAAAUCGAUUUAUUUAUCAAACAACCGGUUCUCUGGCGAUAUCCCUUCCGAUUAUUUCACUCCAAUGGGUAAGUUGAAGAAAGUGUGGCUGUCCAACAACGAGUUCUCUGGCCACAUACCUAUCUCGCUGGCCACUACAUUACCAAAACUAAGGGAGCUACACCUCGAAAACAAUCAAUUCAAUGGGAUCAUACCAAACUUCACCCAACGGAAUUUAGUCCAUGUCAACCUCUCAAACAACCGACUAACCGGUGAAAUACCUCCCGGUUUGUCAAAAUUUAAAGCGAGCAAUUUCGCGGGGAAUCCUGGCCUUUGCGGUGCAAAGCUAGCAGCUACCUGCACGCAGCCAGGAAUCUCGACUGCAUCGAUUUCGAUAGACGGAGACAUGAAAGAUGACUAUAAGAGCAAAUACUAUAUAUCAUUCGGUACACUAGGCUUCCUUUUCAUCCUCAUCAUCAUCUUAUUUUUCUACCUAAAGAGGAGGAAGAUGAUGCAACGUGCCUCUGAACAAGACAACGACGACGACGAUCAAGAAAUUCAGGUUAGUAAGGCCAUUUCUUUAGUAUCUAUGCUUAAGAACAUCUAA